AUGGCUUCCCUCGUGGACUACAUCAUUUAUAUGACCUACGAUUUGCACGGACAGAUGGCAGGCUGUAUUGCCAAUGCCGAGAUUGAAUCCAUCCUCGCGAACUCCAGCCGAGUCAAUCGGAAUUUUAUUCACCUUAAUAGCAACACCAACAUCUUUGUUUAUGAUAAUACUCAAUGGGUUGGCUGUUUGAGUGACGGUAUCAAAGUCUCACGAGCAUCGGUCUACAGGUAUCUAGCUAUGGGCGGUACAUACGGUUGGGCUACCGACUUUCAAGAGUACAAUGAUGCACCUUUCACCUCCGUCAGCUGGAGUGGCUUCAUUGGUAGUGUCCUCCUGGAAGUAGAUUCUUCAAACGAAGAGGGCAACAGAACAGGCAACUGGACUACUAUCACUCGUACUGAUCCUGCUAUACAAGUUGCUCUAUACAUGCCAUCCGCGGAGCAAUGGUCAAGGCUGGGCACUUCCAAUGCUUGGUCAGACACCAUUAAUGUCUGGCAGACUAUCGAUGAGCCGAAACUUGCAAGUACCGAGAAGGCAUUCAGUGACUCCGUCAUGAACACUUACCAUCUCAGUGGCUCGAUUAACUGUGGAAUUACAACAGGCAAUUGCGACCCCCUAAGCUGCGCGUCGUUUGAAGGCUUCAGCGAGGGUACAGGUGAUUCGAGGCCCGCCGCCAUGCUUAUUUAUGAAUCUUUCGCGGCUAUGAACGUGGUGAGUUCCCCGCAUCCUCUCUGGCUGACCCGCAAAUACAUUUGCUCUUAG